CGAAACCAUCGUCCCUAUAAAUAGCCAAUUAACACUUGACCCGAAAUACCAAAUACACUACAAAGCACAUACAUUGUAUAAUAACAAAGACAUGGCAUCCAUAUGCGAACAAGUAAUGGAAGGUAAAACAUCAUGGCCGGAGUUGGUCGGGGAGGACGGAGAAUGUGCGAUAAUGACAAUAGAAAAAGAAAAUACGUUGGUUAAUGCACAAACUAUCAUAGAAGGAACGGCAAUACCCGAGAUAUACAGAUGUGAUAGGGUUCUUGUUUGGAUAAAUGAACACGAUAUUGUCGUAACUAGCCCUAUGGUUGGCUAGCUAAAAAUGUGCGUUUGUUCUCUUUAUUUACUAGUGAAGUUUGCAUCAGAAAAUAAAGAUAUAUAUCUUGUAUGUGUUGUAAUCUUGUCUUCGUCUAAUUUGUUUGGAAUAAGAAUAUUGUGUGUGUGUUUUUUUUUUUU